AUCUGUUUCGAGUUCAUCCUCAGAUUCCGUAUUGUGAGACGUGUCGCUCAAUGAUUGAAGAAGAAGAUGUGAUUUCGAUGAACGUCUGAAUCUGUCACCACCCAUGAGAUUGGCGGUGCUCUGUUUCUACUUUUAUGCGACCCCAUUUGAUUUGAAAUCCCAAAAACAAAGAGAAGCCGACAAACCCACUCGUCGCUUGACUUCGACUUCAAAUUCGAAGUUGCUUUAGAAAUGAAAUGGUGAAUCGGUGUGAGAGUGGUUGCGGUUGUGGAGGAGAUCGGGAAAACUCAGAAUCUGAGGCGUAAUACAAAAUGGAGAUCUCUGUAUCUUCGUGUUCUUGGAGAUUCAGUGCACCAUGGUAAUGGCCCGUCACUGAUUGACGGUGGGAUCGCGGCGGUCCGGCACUAUUUUCAUUAUCUUCCCUGUAACUUCUUCAACCACUCUCCGCCUUCAUCCCGCUCUUCGAUCAUCCACGGCACCACUUUAGUCGAGUUCUAUUCCUCUUCAUUUGCUGAAUCUUCUGACGUUUGAUUAUGGCUUCGAUGGAGUCGGAAACUCCGGAUGUUUUGAAUGAGACGAGAAAUGGGAACAAGAAGAAGAAUGGAAUUCGUAUGGAAUCGUUUUACCUACGUAAGAUCGGAUUCGGAUGUUUUAGAGUGCAACAAGACGAGGAAGGAAACUUCGAUAUGGAGGUCGUCAAUGGCGAUGGGAAGCGUCGGAAGCCCACGCAUCUCCUCAUAAUGGUUAAUGGUCUCGUUGGCAGUGCCAAAGAUUGGGAAUAUGCAGCGGAGGAGUUUUUGAAGACGUAUCCUGAAGAUAUCAUUGUUCAUUGCAGUAAACGUAAUUACUCGACAUUGACACUUGAUGGCGUUGACGUGAUGGGAGGAAGACUGGCAGAAGAGAUUUUGUUGGUUAUCAAGAGACAUCCAAAUGUUCAAAAGAUCUCCUUCAUAUGCCAUUCAUUAGGCGGAUUGAUAGCAAGGUAUGCCAUUGCAAAGCUUUAUGAGCAAAAAGAGGAUGUCCAAGUGAAUGGAGAGUAUAACAACCAUGGGUCUAGAGAUCAAAGCAAUGGAGAGGAGUUUAAAGAGACAAUUGCAGGGCUGGAACCAAUUAAUUUUAUAACAUUUGCAACCCCACAUCUUGGUUCAAGAGGGCAUAAACAGGUCCCUAUGUGUUGUGGCUUUUAUGCCCUGGAAAAAGUGGCUAUUUGCACAUCAUAUUUAUUUGGUAGAACUGGGAGACAUUUAUUUUUACUUGACAAGGACAGUGAAAACCGCCCCCUUCUUCUUCACAUGGCUGGCGAUCAUGAAGAUCUCAAAUUCUUAUCUGCUUUGCAGUCGUUUAGGCGGCGUGUUACCUAUGCUAAUAAGCGUUACGAUAACGUUGUCGGGUGGAGUACGUCUUCUAUAAGGCGUCGCACGGAGUUGCCAAAGCUCGAAGGUGUAUCAAUAGAUGACAAAUAUCCAUAUAUUGUAAAUGUUGAGACGGAAAUAGUUUCCAGUCCUCAAACAUAUGUGCCGUCAGAGGCCAAAGGCAAUAGAUUCAAGAAAACUGAGGUGGAAGAAGAAAUGAUCAAACGUCUAUCAAGCGUGGGCUGGGAGCGGGUCGAUGUUGACUUCCACAGUAGUAAACAAAGAAAUAAUGCACAUCUUACCAUUCAGGUCAACAGGUACAGAGUCAAUUCUGAUGGGGCCUGUGUGAUCCAACAUAUGAUCGAUAAUUUUCUCUUGUAGCAUGUGACGAAUUGAAUUGUUGACAAUUGAUUUCAAGCUCCUACUACUGCAAGUGAAGCAAUCAAUUUUGUGUUAGAAGGCUUUGAAGCACUAGCAUUGCGAUGAGUGUAAAAUACAAUAGCAGCAUAGAAUUAAUGUUCAAAAGAAAUUUAGCUCUGGAAGCUGUAGCCUCUGUUUUUUAUAAGAAACUGUAUUCUCCAAGACUCUUACCAGUUUCCGCCAAUGGAGAUCAAACCCAUUAGAGUUGAGCAAAAAGUGCUAUAGUGAGAAUAGUUUGCAGCGCAUGGGAGUGCAUGGUUGGUCCUUUUCAGAGAUAGAACAGAUGAUUGCUCCUUUUGGCGCAGAUACAUGUUUAUUUCCACUUGCUCGUCCUCAUACCAUUGUGUUUUGUCCGCAAGAGAAUCGUGGCUGAAAUUCAACAGGAACCGAAUAAAGAACAGAAUUUACUACAUACAAACAGGUUACUUGGCAAAGCAAAGCUCAGCUGCACGAAGCAACCGAGGAUAAGUUUGGAAAAGAUGGUGGAAAUGAUAAGCUCCAAAUGAUCGAUCCACCAUGCUACUGUGGGAGGAGGUCAGGACCUGUCAAUUCCGCUACCCAAUUCCUUGUUGUUCCACAAGCGACGCGUGUAACCAUACUGAAUAAAAGAGAGAAAAACAGUUAAGACACCAACUAAAGCAAAAUCCUUGCUUUUAAGCCGGUUUGUAGUUUAGCGUACUGACAGCAGAAAUCAUUCAGCAUGGCUACUCUUUAAUAAUAUGCUUUAAUACAUAUUCAAGAUCUGUUGACUCUUAAUAACACUAUUUGAUGAAAGUUUGAAAUACAA